CUACACGGACAACAAUAACGUACGGCAUUCACUGCACUUCCGUUGCCCAUGAAGCCGGAGCGAAGUUGUGACAGCUGAUUCUCCAGUCAGUUAAAAUCCACUCUGAGCCUCAAACUCCUCUGUUUCUGAAGUGAUUUGCAGUCGGACGUGUCUGCUGCACUCUCCGGUUCCAGUUGCAGACGGCACCUUGGAUAGAAGAGGGCGGGUUGAUUAUGGUGUAGCACGGAGCGCUAGCUCUGAGACAGCAGCUCUGUUGUCUGCCUAUGCCGCACGGCCCCGUCCCUGCAGCUACUUGACUAACAUCCAGGUAGUCUGUGUCCGUGAGCAACACCAGGCUGCAGUGACUGACAGCUGAGGCAGGCAUUUGAGCAGCAUUGCAGUGCAGUGCAGUGCAGUGCAGCGUGGGGCAGACCGAGGCAGAUCACAGCAGCGUAGCCAUGCUUACAUUGGCCAGUAAACUGAAGAGGGACGAUGGAGGAAAGACAGGCCGUGCCUCCGGAGCUCCCGACUCCACCCACAGGGUCUCCAUCAGGGACCGCCUCCUUACCAAAGAAGUUGCAGAACUUGAAGCCAAUCUCCCUAGUACAUGCAAAGCCAGUUUCCCAGAUGAGGACAAGCUGCAUCAUUUUCAGCUUGCAGUGUCUCCUGAUGAGGGUUACUACCAAAGUGGAAGAUUUCAGUUUGAAAUAGACGUUCCCGAAGCCUAUAACAUGGUGCCUCCUAAAGUGAGAUGUCUUACCAGAAUAUGGCAUCCUAACAUCACAGAGAACGGAGAGAUAUGUUUGAGCUUAUUGCGGGAACACUCUAUUGAUGGUACAGGCUGGGCCCCCACCAGAACAUUAAAGGACGUGGUCUGGGGAUUGAACUCUUUGUUUACUGACCUGUUGAACUUUGAUGACCCGUUGAACAUUGAUGCAGCAGAACAUCAUCUGAGGGACAAGGAGGAUUUUCGGAUUAAGGUUCAAGAUUACAUCAAGCACUAUGCCAGAUGAUAGAAGCACCUACAUCGGCCUGCACCAAUCAACCAAACUGCUCUACCUUGCCUCUGCUUAUCUAGGCCAAAUCCCCAAUGUGUGUGAAUCAACAGCUGACUUUUUGACUCUUACCCCUCCUCUUGACACCACAGCCCCGCCUAUGUCCUUCUCUGUUCACUCAAUUGCAAUAAACUCCACCUUGCAGGAACAAAAGAAAAAAAGAAAAAAAAUCUAUGUUUAAGAAAGGACUUGCAUAAAAAAACAAAAGUAUGCUUUAAUAAUCAUAAACGGUUGAGUGUUA